AUGUCGCGUGAAUUGAUGGUCGAGAAUGGCGGUGAACUCAUCGGAAAUACUCCACUUCUGAAGCUCAACAAGAUCGGAAAAGGGCUCGACGCGUCGAUAGCCGUCAAGGUGGAAUACAUGAAUCCAGCGUGUUCCGUUAAGGAUCGAAUCGCCUAUAACAUGAUAGAUUCAGCUGAAAAGGCGGGAUUGAUCACUCCAGGAAAGACUGUCUUGAUUGAACCAACUUCUGGAAAUAUGGGAAUUGCAUUGGCCUAUUGCGGAAAACUCCGCGGAUACAAGGUGAUUCUGACGAUGCCCGCAUCGAUGAGUAUCGAACGUCGUUGCCUUCUGAAGGCCUACGGCGCCGAAGUGAUUCUCACGGAUCCGGCGACAGCUGUGAAGGGAGCCGUUGAGAGGGCGGAGCAACUUCGUGACGUCAUUCCGAACGCCUACAUUUUGAAUCAAUUCGGAAAUCCGGCGAAUCCUGAGGCUCAUUACAAGACGACGGGACCAGAAAUCUGGAGACAAACACAGGGAAAAGUGGAUAUUGUGUGUUUUGGUGUCGGAUCGGGAGGCACUUGCACUGGUGUUGGACGCUUUUUGAAGGAGAAGAAUCCAAAUGUCAAGGUCUACCCAGUUGAGCCAUUCGAGAGCUCUGUCAUCAAUGGACUCCCACAUAGUCCACAUAAGAUUCAAGGAAUGGGAACCGGAAUGAUUCCUGACGUUCUCGACUUGAAACUCUUCACCGAAGCCCUACGUGUCCAUUCGGAUGACGCCAUCGCAAUGGCGAAACGACUCGCCGACGAGGAGUCGAUUCUUGGUGGAAUCUCGUCUGGAGCCAACGUUUGUGCCGCUGUUCAGUUGGCCAAGAGACCAGAGAAUAAGAGAAAAUUGAUUGUGACCACAGUGAACAGUUUUGGAGAACGUUAUUUGUCCACGGCUCUCUACGCUGAACUCCGCGAGAACGCUGCCAACAUGAAGCAGUUGAAUCUCGAUGACUCCAUCAAGAUCGUCAAGGCCUAUUUGGGACUAUAA